GGGCCACCAAGCCACGUUCCGCUUCUUGGCCUCCUCUUUGGUAUCAGAGCUCGGUUGGCGGCUUCCUGUGGCCUCUGAAUCAAGGACCUCAUUUUGGGAGCCAUUUGAGAGAUUUUUCUCAUAUCGUCGCCUUGCACGCAAGUCAUUUCUCGAAAUGAGAUCGCCAGAAGCGACAGGAGCCACUCCAGGCCCGGGGGAAGCAGGCAGAGCAGCAGCGAGCUGCGUUCGCCAGCGCAGGCCUCGCGGGUCUGGGCCUUCUCCGUGUUUCUGGCGUCACCCUCGGGGUCCCUUACAGAGAGCGGGGGCCGGGUGGAGGGACGGAGCAGAAAGCAGGCGGGAUCGGCCCGGGAAGAACCCGUUCUGGGACCCUCUAGAAACUCCAGGCGGCCCUACCCGGCUGACAGCGCCGGCCUGCGAGCCCGACACGCGCCUCGUAUUUAGAUUGACUCCUUCGGCUUUCCGUUUUCCUUCUCCAGGGGAGGGGAGGGACUUCCUAUUUUAUCUCUGAGCGGCUUCCGGCAAGAGCUGAUGGGUUAAAAACAAGACAGCACAUGGGCCUGCCGGCCACUUGGAUAAAAAACAAGGAACUCGACCUGGAUUUUACUAAACCAGUUCCACGAUUCUGUUUUUGAUUGUGGUGUCCAGCUCUGCAUCCACGACGGAGUCGCCCUGAAAGCCGCCGGAAGUCCUCCAACGGAGAAACAGGAUGUCCCGCCCCUUCCUCCCAAAGGGAAGACGGUGAGCCGGAGGAGUCAGUCAGAGGGGCGAGCAGGAGCGAUUCCGUCGCCAAACAGGUUAUGAGUACCAGUGAGCCACCUUAGAUAGAAGCAUCAUCAGCACUUUAUUAAUGAUGGAUAGUGAGAAUAAAGCCGAAAAUGACGAGGAUGAAAUGAUAAACAGAGAAGCACAAGACUUAACAAAGCUUUCAUCCCAUAAUGAAGAUCAUGGGCGUGUGUCUGAUGUGAUAGCAAAUCUCCCUGAGAAUUCUACGAGCAAAAGAGGUUUUUCAGAAUCAUCGAACUUUGAUAGUGUUGUUAUAGGAGAAGACAAUAAUAAACAUGCUUCCAAACGUAGGAAAUUAGAUGAGGCAGAACCCCUUACAUCUGGAAAGCAAGAUGUUUGUAGACUAGAAACUUCUGAAAGCUCAGCCACAGAAGAGGGUAUCGCAGUAGAUGCAGCAGGGAAGAAGGCCUCCCUGAGUGACUGCACAGUUGGAGGCACAUGUCUCCUGAAUGCCCUCUCCCCUUCUCGCGAUGUUAGCACUAUUGAUGUUGUUUCUCUGAAAACAGACAUUGAACAAACAUCUGCUCAGGAAAUGGUUUCCCUUGAUCUGGAAAGAGAAUCUCCUUUCCCCCUGAAAGAAGUUAAUGUUAGUUGUACCAUUGGGAAUGUAGAUACAGUUCUCAAGUGCAGCACCUGUGGGCAUUUGUUUUCUUCAUGCUCUGAUUUGGAAAAACAUGCUGAGUCUCACAUGCAACAGUCUAAGGAACAUACCUGUUGUCACUGCAGCCACAAAGCAGAGAGCAGCUCAGCACUACAUAUGCAUAUCAAACAAGCACAUGGGCCACAGAAGAUCUUUUCUUGUGAUCUUUGUGGUUUUCAGUGCGCAGAAGAAAACCUGUUGAAUGCACAUUAUCUUGGCAAAACACAUCUCCGUCGUCAAAAUCUGGCUGCUCGUGGAGGAUUUGUACAGAUCUUAACAAAACAGCCUUUUCCUAAAAAACCAUGUACAAUGGCAACAAAAAGUGUUCGCUCCAAGCCAAGAACUUCUAAACAAAUAGCAAAAAAUACUGAUUCAAAAGGAUUACGAAAUGUGGGAAGCAAAUUUCCAGAUUUGACAGGAAGCAUUUCUAGACAAAGUGGCAGUAGUAGUGAGCUUCUUGUUGAAAUGAUGCCUUCCAGAAAUACUUCGUCACAGGAAGUAGAGAUUGUUGAAGAAAAUGUUAGUUCCCUUGGUAUAACUCAGAAUCCUGAAAACCAGAGUAAAAAGCUAGACACCUUAGUAACCUCAGAGGGUCUGUUAGAGAAAUUGGAAUCUACCAAAAAUACCCAGCAGGCAGCACACGGUGUCAGUGUAACCUCAAGGACAAGACCCGAGCGAAAUAUUGUCGUGUUGGGUAAUAGCUUUCGUCGACGAAGCAGCGCUUUUACCUUGAAGGGCCAGGCAAAGAAAAGGUUUAAUCUUUUAGGAAUUAAAAGAGGCAUAAAUGAAACUCAGAGGAUGUUUAUGAAACACUUUAGAACACAGAUGAAAACACACGAUACAGAGUCAGUGCCGAAACACUCGGAAGCGAGCAGCAGUGUGCAGAGACUGUGCGUGACUACCUCAGAAACUCAGGAGGUGGAGCAGGAUCGGGGGAGCACCUGUCCUCCAGGCUCCAGGGUGGACUCCCUGACGGUGAAGCCAGCCUCUGACCCUCAGACAUUGUGUGCUUGUACAGACUGUGGGCAAGUCGCUAUAAAUAGGACAGAUUUGGAAAUCCAUGUGAAAAGGUGCCAUGCCAGAGAGAUGAAAUUUUACUGCCAUAUUUGUGACUUUUCUAGUAUAUCAAAGAGGGACUUAGAUGAACAUUUGCACAGUCACCAGCAUCAGCAAACUGCUUCUGUCCUGAGUUGUCAGUGCUGUUCAUUUACAUCAUUGGAUGAAAUAAAUCUUAGAGAGCACAUGAAGGAAAAGCAUAAUAUGGAUUUUCUUUGCACCCUUUGUAAUCUGUUCUUUUUGUCUGAAAAAGACAUGGAAGAACACAAAACCACUGAGAAGCAUAUUAGUUCAUUGGUUCAACCAAAGACUUCGCAAUCAUCUAACAGUGAUUUGGUUUUACAGACUUUACCUUUAAGUACUUUAGAAUCAGAAAAUGCAAAAGAGUCUAUGGACGACUCAGGAAAAGUGGCUCAGGAAGAACCUGUGAAGUCCAGGGUAAGCCAUGGUAAUGAAGUGAGGCAUUCCAGUAAGCCUCAGUUUCAGUGUAAGAAGUGUUUUUAUAAAACAAGAUCUUCUACUGUCCUCACGAGACAUAUAAAGCUUCGGCAUGGUCAGGACUAUCAUUUUCUUUGUAAAGCUUGUAAUCUUUAUUCAUUGAGCAAAGAAGGAAUGGAGAAGCACAUUAAAAGAAGCAAGCAUCUUGAAAAUGCUAAGAAAAAUAAUAUUGGCUUAAGCUUUGAAGAAUGUAUUGAAAGGGUAUGUAUAGGUACAAAUGAUAAAAAAGAAGAGUUUAAUGUUUCCGGAAAUGGAAGGAUUGAAGGCCAUGUAGGUGUGCAAUUACAAGAGCAUUCCUAUCUUGAAAAGGGCAUGCUGAUGCCUAAGGAACUGUCACAGUCUGGUGAUAGCACCAAAGAUGAUGAAUUAGCUUUGACCACUACUCCAAAGAGAGGGAGACCUAAAGGUAACAUCUCACGGACAUGUUCACACUGUGGCCUUUUGGCCUCUAGUAUUACAAACUUGACUGUUCACAUUAGACGAAAGCACAGUCACCAGUAUAGUUAUUUAUGCAAAGUGUGUAAGUAUUACACUGUAACUAAGGGAGAUAUGGAACGUCAUUGUGCUACCAAGAAACAUAAAGGACGGGUAGAAAUAGAAGCAAGUGGAAAACACAGUUCAGAUAUCAUUGUUGGCCCUGAAGGGGGUGGCCUUGAAGCCGGAAAAAAGAAUGCUGGCUCAGCAAUGACCAUGUCAGAUGAACAUGCUAACAAACCCGCUGAGUCACAUGCCUCUGUUUUAGAAAAGGCAGAUCAUGGAAACUCAGUUGAAGCCAAAGUUGAAAAUGUAUUUCAUUCUCUAGAUGGAGAAGUUAACAGGCAUCUUCUUGAUAAAAAGGAGCAAAUAUCUCUAGAGCCAGAGGACAUCGCCCAGCAGGGGGAUGUGUACUCCCAGAGAGAUGUUACAGGCGCAGGUGAGAAUAAAUGUGUGCACUGUGAGUUUAAUGCUCACUCCUCUGCUUCUCUAGAGCUGCAUGUAAAACGGAAACAUACAAAAGAGUUUGAGUUUUAUUGCAUGGCAUGCGAUUACUACGCAGUGACUCGUCGCGAGAUGACUAGACACGCGGCAACAGAGAAACACAAAAUGAAAAGGCAGUCUUACCUGAACUCUGCUAAUGUGGAAGCAGGUUCUGCAGACACGUCCAAAAACAUCAUUGUGCCUGAAGAAGAGCAUCAACAAAAUUCUGAGGAAUUUCAAAUAAUUUCAGAUCAACCAUCUGACACUCUUAAAUCUAGAAAUGCUGCAGAUUGCUCUAUUUUAAAUGAGAAUACUAAUUUAGAUAUGUCUAAAGUGCUCUGUGCUGCUGACUCUGUAGAAGUUGAGACUGAAGAAGAAUCUAAUUUCAAUGAAGACCAUUCCUUUUGUGAGACUUUUCAACAGGCCCCUGUCAAGGAUAAAGUUAGGAAACCCGACGAGAUGAUGUCCUUUACUAUUUCCUUGAACCAUGACUCCCCAAGCAGAUUUCAAAAUGAAAAUUCAGGAAGUUCUGCUUUAAAUUGUGAGACAGCAAAGAAAAACCAUGAGCUAUUGAAUGAUGCAGGUGAGCUACGCAUCCAUUGUGAGAGUGAAGGAGGAAGCGUAGGAGACAGUGAAGGUGACGUUCCUCACAGACACCUGUGUCCUGCAGUGCUCACUGGAGAGCUCUCGGCUGAAAGCCCCCCUCCUGUUGUGACAGGAAUAACCCAAGAACAGGGAAAUCUGGAGAGUGGGGGUCGGAACAAAGUUGCAUGUGGGCAUGGUUUGGAGGACCUGAAAAGGGUCCAAGAAGAUCCCAUUCUGGAGAAUAAGGAAAUUCUGAUGAAUUCCCAACAUGAAACAGAAAUUAUUUUGGAGGAGGAUGGCCCAGCUUCUGAUAGCACAGUUGAAAGUAAUGAUGUCUAUGAAACUAUAAUUAGUAUUGAUGAUAAAGGGCAGGCCAUGUACAGUUUUGGCCGAUUUGACUCCUCCAUAAUAAGAAUAAAGAACCCAGAAGAUGGUGAGUUGAUAGACCAGUCCGAAGAGGGCCUGAUAGCAACCGGAGUGAGAAUUAGUGAGCUGCCCUUGAAAGACUGUGCUCAAGGUGUGAAAAAAAAGAAAUCUGAAGGCAGUUCCCUGGGUGAGUCUACACGAAUUCGCUGUGAUGAUUGUGGCUUCUUAGCAGAUGGACUGAGUGGACUGAACGUUCACAUAGCCAUGAAGCAUCCUACAAAAGAGAAGCACUUUCAUUGUUUACUCUGUGGAAAGUCAUUCUAUACCGAAAGCAACCUUCACCAGCAUCUGGCUAGUGCUGGCCACAUGAGAAAUGAGCAGGCCAGUGUGGAAGAGCUUCCGGAGGGAGGGGCCACCUUUAAAUGUGUCAAGUGCACAGAGCCCUUUGAUUCUGAACAGAAUUUAUUUCUACAUAUUAAAGGACAGCAUGAGGAAUUGCUACGGGAGGUGAAUAAAUACAUAGUGGAAGACACUGAGCAAAUCAACCGCGAGAGGGAGGAAAACCAGGGAAAUAUCUGCAAGUAUUGUGGGAAGAUGUGUCGAAGCAGCAACUCGAUGGCCUUCCUGGCACACAUUCGCACUCAUACAGGAUCAAAACCAUUCAAGUGCAAGAUAUGCCAUUUUGCAACAGCUCAGCUUGGAGAUGCCAGAAACCAUGUGAAAAGGCACCUUGGGAUGAGGGAAUACAAGUGUCAUGUCUGUGGGGUUGCUUUUGUAAUGAAGAAGCACUUAAAUACUCAUCUACUAGGCAAGCAUGGAGUUGGCACCCCAAAAGAAAGGAAAUUUACAUGCCACUUAUGUGAUAGAAGUUUCACUGAGAAGUGGGCCCUGAACAACCACAUGAAACUGCACACGGGAGAAAAGCCGUUUAAAUGUACCUGGCCCACGUGCCAUUACUCAUUCCUCACAGCCUCCGCAAUGAAAGACCACUACAGGACGCACACAGGCGAGAAGUCGUUUCUGUGUGACCUCUGCGGCUUUGCCGGAGGGACCCGCCACGCCCUCACCAAGCACCGCCGGCAGCACACAGGAGAAAAACCUUUCAAAUGCGACGAGUGUAACUUUGCCUCCACAACCCAGUCUCAUUUGACUCGGCAUAAACGUGUACACACUGGAGAAAAGCCCUACAGAUGUCCCUGGUGUGACUACAGGUCAAACUGUGCAGAAAAUAUCCGCAAACACAUUCUGCAUACUGGCAAACAUGAAGGGGUCAAGAUGUACAACUGUCCCAAGUGUGACUACGGGACCAAUGUCCCUGUGGAGUUCCGGAACCAUCUGAAGGAACAGCAUCCUGACAUUGAAAACCCGGACCUCGCUUACCUGCAUGCUGGCAUUGUUUCCAAGUCCUAUGAGUGCCGUCUGAAGGGCCAAGGAGCCACCUUCGUGGAGACAGACAGCCCCUUCACCGCGGCAGCCCUGGCGGAAGAGCCGCUCGUCAAGGAGAAGCCCCUGAGGAACAGCAGGAGGCCGGCGCCACCCCCUGAGCAGGUGCAGCAGGUCAUCAUCUUCCAGGGCUACGAUGGGGAGUUUGCCCUGGAUGCCUCCGUGGAGGAGACAGCCGCCGCCACGCUGCAGACACUGGCCAUGGCCGGCCAGGUGGCCCGGGUGGUGCACAUCACGGAGGAUGGCCAGGUCAUUGCCACCAGUCAGAGCGGGGCACAUGUGGGCAGCAUGGUGCCCGGACCCAUCCUCCCUGAGCAGCUGGCCGACGGAGCCACCCAGGUGGUCGUCGUGGGAGGCUCUGUGGAAGGCCACGGCAUGGAUGAGUCCCUCAGUCCAGGUGGCGCUGUGAUACAGCAGGUGACCAAGCAGGAGAUUUUAAACCUCUCGGAGGCUGGAGUGCCCCCUCCCGAGGCGUCGUCAGCCCUGGAUGCAUUGCUCUGUGCUGUCACUGAGUUAGGGGAGGUGGAGGGCAGGGCAGGGCUAGAGGAGCAGGGCAGGCCCAGCCCCAAAGACGUGCUGAUCCAGCUGCCUGGGCAGGAGGUCUCCCGCGUGGCUGCCAACCCUGAGUCCCCCGAGAUCCAGAUGUUCCCAGAGGCCCAGGAGACCCCGGCCACCAUGGAGGUGCUCACCCAAGUGGUCCGCCCCUCAGCGGCCAUGGCCUCUCAGGAGCGGGCACAGGUGGCCUUCAAGAAGAUGGUCCAGGGCGUCCUCCAGUUUGCUGUGUGUGACACGGCUGCGGCCAGCCAGUUGGUCAAGGAUGGUGUCACCCAGGUGGUAGUGAGCGAGGAGGGUGCCGUCCACAUGGUGGCUGGGGAAGGCGCCCAGAUUAUCAUGCAGGAGGCACAGGGCGAGCACGUGGAUCUGGUGGAGUCGGAUGGGGAGAUCUCACAGAUCAUCGUGACAGAGGAGCUGGUCCAGGCCAUGGUGCAGGAGUCCACCAGCGGCUUCCCCGAGGGCGCCACACACUACAUCGUGACAGAGCUGCCGCCAGGGGUGGAGGACGAGACGGGCGUGUACUCCCACACUGUGCUCGAGGCCACAGACUCGCAGGAACUCCUGCAGGCUGGGGCCACGCUGGGCACAGAAGCCGGGGUCCCAAGUGGGGCGGAGCAGCUGGCCAGUGUGGUCAUCUACACACAGGAGGGCUCCCCGGCUGCAGCGGCCAUUCAGAGCCAAAGAGAAAGCAGCGAACUCCAGGAAGCGUGAAAUGUGGCACCUUUACUCAGCACAGGGCAGGUUGGGAGGGUUCAGCUCCAGUGGGGCUGUGUGCCUUGAGCUUCCUCUGAAACCUUCAAAACCAUGAGGAUGAGGCUUCUGUGAGCCCUGAGUGUGCACUCCCAGCGAGAGUCACACCGGCCACCAGCAAGGCGCCCACAGAGGGUACCAUGGGCUGGGCCUCAGAGAGCCAGCUGCCGAGUGCAUGGGAGGGCUGGCCACGGGCCGCAGCGGGGAGCUCCAGUCCACCGGGGCACUUUGGUCAAUGGCCUCCCCUUUGUCCUGGCCGUUGUGCUGAAGAGAAGCCAAGUGUUGGUGGUUUUUUCCUCUCACAAGUGUUUUCCCAUUUCAGUUAUCAGAGGGUCGUGGCCGUGGGAAAGGGUGAAGAUGCCCCUCGUGGCCAGGGUGCGUCUGCUCGUGUAGUCAGCAUGCAGCUGCCUUUACAUUUCAUUCUGCACUGGUUUAAAAAUCGCAGCCGCAAGUGUUACCAUCUUGAAGCAGUCCCUUCCCAUGCUUUUUUUUUUUUUUUAAUUUCAGAGUAACAGUGUCCCCAGACCAAAGGAAGCCUACUAGCUCUUUCAUGUAUAAAUUUCCCCUCUUCAAACAGUUUUGGUGGAUUCAUUGCUCUGGUCACAUUCUGCAUAAAAGAAAUCCUCUUAAGCCUAUGGUUAAAAAAAAGCCUUGAAGUUUCUAUUCAAUUAAAAUAUAUGUUGGUAAAGAUAUCCAAUGCUUCUAAUUUUGACUUAGUUUCAUACAAUAAAGCCUAUAUAUGAAACGCA